AUGGAUGACGAUCCACAUAGAUAUCCAUUCAUCACCCUACAAGUAGUCGACCUGGUCUUGUUGUCUAGUGCCGUUGUCAUCUCUCUCGCCGGCGUCUACUUCGCCUUCAGAGAUCUCCCCCCUCAUGCUACUGCCGCGGCAGAGAUAAAGGUUCGCCCAAGGACGACCGCGUUGUCAACUUCUAUUCUCCUGGUCCUAAGUCUUGUGCCAUUGGCAUUGAUCCCACAUGAGGUCCAAAACCCGUCUGAGCCGAACCCACGAUUGCAAGCUAUCAAGUAUAUCAGUGUUGUCACUGGUGUUUUUAACUCUAUGGUGGCGUUUCUGGUCCUAAGCUUCCUCGUACGCCUCGUAGAUUUCGUCCACAGACCAACUGCCGAUACCUCGUCCAGCUCAGACUCUCCGCCAAACGCUUCCGAUCGACUGAUUAAAGGUCUCGGGGUCGCUGUCGCUCUCGCCAUCGUCAAUGCUGUGGUAAUGGUAUUUGGCUUGCUAGGUGAUGGACCCUCGGGAAUAAGACAUCCCACGGCCGCUGAAGUCGUGGUUCUGGUUCUUUCACUCAUCAUCAAAUUGAUAUAUCUGGUUAUAACAAUAGUCAUUCUGGUCAGGACCAGGAAAAGGACAUCUCGUGGACCACUCCUCGCUGUGGCUAUUGUAGCCCCUCUCCGUUAUAUCUAUGGUUUUCUCUCACCAUUCAUCAUACUCGGCGCCAGCGAGCUCUUUGGUACUCCCGCGCUCUUCAAGCUCGUCACCGCUUUGGGUAUGGUAGGGGUUAUCUUGACAGAAUUCACCGAGGCUAUCAUUGUCUUGGUCCUCAUCAAGGUUUUGGCCUACCACUUAGCAGACUCCGAUAGCGAAGAGGAACAUCAGGAUCCAGCGAGAAGACCGCUCCUGAGCUCGGCAAGUGAGCAGCCAGCUGGCACCUUCAAUGCACCAUCCGAGUGA